AUGUCUUCUGUACGACCAAAUAUGUUCUCCUCGCUGCUUUCUUCUUAUUUUGCGAGAGCAAGAACCAAAAACUGUGUUUUUUUACUUCAUGGACGAAAUCUCUGCAGUGGGCAAAAUACAACCCCGAUAAUGGAUGCAUGGUGUAUACGGAAUUACACUGAAACCGAUAACCUAAAACUCGAGACAUUUGACACUCCUGAUAUAGAGUCAGACGCAGAAGUUUUGGUAAAAGUCCACGCAUCGUCUGUAAAUCCAAUAGAUGUAGAAAUGCGGAGAGGAUAUGGCACAAACCUGUUGAAUACGUGGAGAAAGCUGGUUGGAGUUGAGGAAUUCCCAUUAAUUUGUGGUCGUGAUUUCUCUGGAGUUGUUGUUAAGACUGGAAGGCGUGUUCGCCGGUUUAGACCUGGAAUGGAGGUCUGGGGGACGCCAUCAGUGGUGUCAGCAGUCUCCAGAGGAUGUCAUGCUCAGUACCUUAAAGUUAAACAAGAAGAGAUUGCAGCUAAGCCUGUUUCUCUCAGCCAUGUUGAAGCAGCCUCCCUACCUUAUGUCAUAUGUACUGUGUGGGCGGGGUUGGUUAGUCGAGGGGGGCUAGGCCCUGCAACAAGUGCCGGCAAAAGAGUUCUUGUUCUUGGAGGCUCAGGUGGAAUCGGCACAUUUGCCAUUCAGUUGCUGAAGGCUUGGGGUGCCACGGUGAUUACGACCUGCAGCACAGAUGCUAUUGAUCUAGUGACAUCACUUGGGGCUGAUCAUGCAAUCGACUACAUCACGACUGACGAAGAAGCAGAACUGCGUAAAUUAGGAGGUUAUGAUGUGAUAUUGGACCCAUUUGGUGGUGAAUAUGAAAUCUUAGCCCCUGAACUGUUGUCUGACCGCACCUGUGGUGUUUACAUCAGUAUCAUUCCACCUUUACUCCCAAAGACUGAUGCCCUAGGGCUUGGCAAGGGUGUGCUGUCAUCAGGGAAAUCCUUUGUCUCAGCUUCAUUAAAGAGUUCCCUCAAAGGAGCUUCUGUUAAGUGGGGAUUCUUCACACCAAACCCUGGAGCAUUGGAUCACGUCAAACUUCUUGUCAAUCAAAAAAAGGUCAAACCGGUUAUCCAGGCUGUGUUUCCAUUCAGCCAGGUCCCGGAUGCCUAUGCUAAUGUGGAAGCUGGACACACACGCGGCAAGACUAUUAUUCAAGUCGCCAUGGAUACGCAGCCGUUGUCAUAGAAAUCAUCAUGCGUCAACGAGUCACGGUGGGAUAGCGAAUGCGAACGUAUAGUGACGAGUCUUUACCACGUGGCUGUUGUUAUAGUCGUGCCUGACACCACGUGCCUGUCACGUGUCUGACAUAAAAGCUUACAAUGUCAUUUACUGAAUCACUGUCUCGCCGUCGCGGCGGACGGGGAGGAGCAGCGGGCGCCACUAUUUUGAACUAAUGACGUUUUUC